GAGUUACAUGCGAGGCGCACGCCACUGUCGCAAACUUUCAGGUCAGUCAACGCACGCUGAGCUGAGACACCGACCACGCUCCACCGUCAUCUCAGAGAUUUUCAUAAGCUGAUGAUCAAAACCCAACCAGAUGGUGACACUCGAUGUGUUAAUAAUAGGGGGAGGCCCUCAUGCCUUGACCCUCGCUACCUUGCUAUCCAACCCUGACCCUGUUCCAAACUCGGACCCCCUCUCCCCCUCCUGCUCGGACCCUCUGGGGCUUCAGGCGGACCCGCAAACAUCCAACAGCAAACGCUGCAGGGGCAGGAGGAAGAGGAGGGCAACAACUGGCGUGACACUGGAGGAGCAACUAACACACUCAAUGACAUCAGAGAGGGUUGUUUGCCCCCCGCUGAGUCUCCAAGUGGUAGACUCCUACGGAGAGUGGACCUCUCUGUGGGAGAGCCAGUUCACAGCUCUGAACAUCCCUCACCUGCGCUCACACACACUGGUGCACACAGACCCUCUCAAUAAGAAAGCUCUGCAGGAGUUUGCUUUAAAGUAUAAUCGCUCAGCCGAACUGCACAGUCUUCCAGACCAGGUCUACAUUCUGGACGACAAUGCAUUUUUUAACGACACGAGGCUCGGCAAGAAGGAGAGGAAACGGCUCAACGUCUCGUCAACACUCAAGAAGAGUUUAUCCUUCAGUCUGCCAGGAACCAAACUAAGUGUGGAUUUCUUUAAAGAGCAGGUGGAGAGAUACAGCUUGGACAGAGUGCUGGUGAAGGGAACGGUGGAGCAUGUCACACCUGUGAUGGAAGAAGAAAAUGACUGGACACAGGAGCAGGAAGCAAAGGAUGAACUGAGAGUGACUGAAAGGAACGGAGACGGUUCGAGAAAGAGAGUGAAAUAUUUUCAAGUCCAACUUCGGGAGGGCCUCGUCCUGAAAGCCCGUCAGGUCGUUAUGGCAACAGGUCCAACGCGUGCCCAGAUGGCGAACAUCCCUUCAUGGGUGAAAAGUAUUGGAGAGAGCUACCCAGAGGAGCGUCUGCAGCACACGGUGCGCUUGAUGCACUGCCUGACAACUGCUCGGCAGCAACUUCAAGACUGUCAGAGAGAGAGUGAGACAUUUUUAACUCAAGAGCUGUGUGUAGUGUGUGAGGCAGGGCAGAGAGUAAUGGUAGUUGGUGGAGGUCUGACCAGCGCUCAUGUCGUCUCCAUCGCCCUGCAGCAAGGUGCCAGCCAUGUGACAUGGGUCAUGAGGAAGCACCUGCAGUUGAAACAGUUUGACGUGGGUGACGUGGAGAGCCUGGUGGGUCGGUACUCCCAUGUGGAGCACGGCAUCAAGAUGGACGGCCAAGCGUACCUGCGACAGUUCUAUAACGAGCGGAGUCUCCACAAACGGCUGGCUAUGAUCCGCCAGGCGAGGAAAGGAGGGGCCGUCACCCCAGAGGCCUACAUCCACCUGCAGCCGUUCAUCCUGAGCGGACAGGUGGACGUCAAGACUUACUGUGAGGUGAGUGAAGCCAGAUGGUGCUACAGGAGCCAAGCCUGGAGUCUGUCCCUCAGCACAGGAGAGCGCUGGACAGGAGACAUGAUUUGGCUCGCAACCGGCUGCAAACUUGAUGUCAGACAAGACCCGCUGCUUUCUGAGGUGAUGAGGGAAUUCCCCAUUCAGGUGAUGGAUGGUUGGCCGUGCAUCUCAGAAAGCUUACAGUGGGCAGAAGGGUGCCCGCUCUACCUCAUGGGGCAGUACACCGCUCUCCAGGUUGGACCUCACGCAGUCAACCUGGCUGGCGGGCAGGCUGCCAGUAUGCGAAUCGCCAAGAACAUCAAACUCCGUCAACGACAGGAUGAUGCAGAGUGUUCAGAGCUGUGUGCGGAGAAAUCUAAAACUGAGGAAUAUAUUCAACACAUGCGGGGCCUGCUAUGGCUUUAACUCCAGCAUACUUUUUUUUAGUAUUUAGUGGAUAUGCAAUAAAAAGUCAAAUUAAAUGUGUCACAUUAUUUUUGGGGACCAAACAUAUUCACAAAAUGCAAAAUAAAAA